AUGAUGCCGGCAACGUACAAGCUCAAGUAUUGGCCCACGAUUCCAGGACGCGGGGAAUACGUCCGUCUAGCAUUCAGAGCAGCCAAUGUUGCCUUUUCUGACGAUGACGACGUGUCGGAGCUGAAGUCCUUCAUCACGCCUCGGGCGGGUCAUUUCGCACCUCCGGUGCUGGAAGUGGAGGAGAAUGGCAAAAAGUUCAGUUUGAGUCAGACACCGGCCAUUUUGGCCUAUCUUGCUCCAAGAUUGGGCUUGGCUGGCGAUGGGUCAGAAGAGGACAGGGCAGCCGUCGUGAGCAGUCUGGCCAAGUUGUCGCUGCAUCGUGCUGUGUAUAUGCAUGCUGACAAGUCUACACCAUCUUGCACCACCAGAACGCAAUCACUCUGACCAUCCUCGACCUGAGCAACGAGACUCACGACACCCACCACCCAAUCGCCACAUCACUCUACUACGAAGAUCAAAAGUCAGAGGCGAAGAGCAGAGCGCAUGACUUUCGCCAAAAUCGCGUGCCCAAAUUCUUUGGUCACUUUGCAAAGUUGGUCAGCGAGAACCCAACAAAGUCUGGCUUAUUGCACGGAGACAAGGUAACCACGGCAGAUUUGACGCUAUUCCAGGUGCGUUGAUGCAUUGCUUUCCCGCCAGCAUCAGCGGCAUUUUGUUUGGGUUUGGGAGAGAGUAGAGAUUGAGCUGAUCGAAUGGACUGCGUGUAAUCCGCGCAGGUCGUCGAGGGCUUGACCUACGCUUUUCCGAAGUACAUCAAGUCACUUACUGCCAGCUCAAAGGCAGCGUCCCAAGUAGCGCCAGUCUUUGCAUUGAGAGACAAAGUCGCUCAGCACCCAGCAUUGGUCAAGUAUUUGAACAGCAAGGACCGCAGAGAAUUCAACGAGUGCGUUUUCAGCAUACAUUUCAGAGGAGAUAAUGUACUGGUGUCGAGUCAGCGCUGACGAGACCUGCGCCUAUCGUUUCCUUCACUCCGCCUCAGGUACGGGCUGUUCCGUCAUUAUGCGGAAUUGGACAGUGAAUAUGAGGAGUGA